AUGGCCCAGCAAAACAUGAAAAUGCGCCCAGUGCUAUUGAAAAGGAACAGCUUGGAUUCAGCUGAUUUUAUGAGACAGCCACACCAUCGCAGGACCAAAUCUCAGCAAGUUCGAUUCAAGGAUGAUGGUGUGAACUCAAAGACAGAACUGGAUACUAAUCCUGCCCAAGAUAUAGCAGUCAUGACUGGAAAACCAGAAAUAUUUAGGGAUCACAGUUUUUUGCCACAUCAAUCUCCAUCUUUUCCAAGGUCUCAGAAGGGGCUUCAGAAUAUUGCCAUACAAACAUCUCCUAGCCUCAGGAAACACCUCCCAGUUUUUAAAAAGAAGCAGCUUACAGUAAGCAAAUCAUUAGCAGAAAUGCAAACCGAGCCUGCAAAUUCUAUCCAAGUAAAUGGCAAUCUUUCUGAACAAGAUAUUAUGUCUUCAGAUCUCUGUUACUUAAGAAUAACUAAUAAUUUGGAAGAUGGAUUUAGGAAUAGUGAGGUGGACCGUCAGUUAAGUCAAAGACUAUCAAAAACACAGAGCAAUGGACCUAUCCACACAGAUGAUUUCUCAGUAUCAGAGAAGACAACUGUUUCUACACAGGUGCCUGAAUACAUACAUGUGAGUUUUCCACAAGUCAGCAAUGUUUCCAUGGAUGCACCAGACACAACCAUGAAUUUAAGUAAUUCACUGCAUUCUUCUACUGUCAUAAAUAGCAAUGAAAAUAAUGAAAACAGCACGCUGUCAUCUAAUUCUGAAAAAGCAUACCGUUGCCUAAGCAAUUCUACUAACUGCAGUGAACGUAAUCCUCAUUCUGACUCUUGUGAAGCAGAUAAAAGUGUAGCCAGCAAAGAUGCAAGCAGUAAGGAAACUACUCCAUUAUCACCUCCAUCAAAUCACAGUUCAUCUCCUUGUUUCCUCAGAGACUAUCAACAGGCAGCAGAGCACAAAACAGAUUCCAGCUGUGUGACAUUAACAAAUGAUGAUCACACAAUAAUGUCACUGACCAGCAGUAAUGGAUCAAAAUCUAUUCGGUCAUGUAAAACUGAAAUCAAGAAAAAUUUUACCCAGUCAGAUGUUUCCCAGUGUAACAGCUGUUUAGAAGGAUUUCACAUAAAGUCUUAUCUGCCAAGGAAUGAAAUAAAACCACAAACGAACAAAGAGAUUAGCAAAAUAAAUCAAAUUCAUUUGGCACAUGGUGAACUCUGUGCCCUACAAGGCAGGCUGCAGUCUGUAGAGGAAUCCUUGCAGUUGAACCAGGAGAAGAUUAAAGUCCUUUUGAAUGUAAUCCAAGACCUGGAAAAAUCCAGAGCCCUCAGUGAAGGGCGUAACUUCUAUCACACUGGUCAAGACCUCAACAACUGCAGCACCUGUCAGAACACCGCAUGUAUCAUUUACAGUGUAGAAUAUGACUUCAGACAACAAGAAGGAAGAUUUCAUCAGAUUUUGAAAAUGCUGGAUCAUGCAGAGCAAAAUCCAGCUUCAGCUUCACCUCAGAAGCUACCAUCUGAUCAUCCAGCUCCCGAGAAAAAGGAGUUAAGAAGAAAAACAAAAAAGGUGAAAAGAAAAUGCUUCUGGUGGAUUUGA